CCGCAGUCACCCUAAUAGAUUAUCUGGAACUCGUCGGCACACAUCAAGUGCAUCAUGUCAGUCAUUGCUUAGCCAGGUGGAGGUGCUCAGAUAUUCCAAAUCAAAUCCAGUCAGUUGUCGUGGCGUUCUUGUUCACACUGCACCCGUGGAAAUGCAGAACUUUGUAUCACUUCUUCCAACCGACUUUCCUUCAAACGACAUUAUCUGGUGCGAAUACGUCAAAGGAAAUCUCAUUGCUCAACCUUGACUGGCUGUCGGCGCGAUGGUGAACGGCUCAGUAAGCCAACCGUCCACGGGUAGCACAGCCUCAGCUGAAGUGGCCUUUAAGCAGCCAAUCACAUAUCGGUGUUGGAAUCUCUCGUCGCUGGAUUCUCAACCUUCUUUCCCAUUGACCCUUGGAUAUCGUCCCUCGACCCAAAAUCAUAAAAGUCGUCAACUGCCUUCCGACAAGCUGACUCCUCAUACCUUGACCGCAGACAAUCCUCGACAUCCUCCAUCCCAUUCAAAGCUACACGUUGCAAAAGAUACCAGCUCCCCGCAUGAUUUACCACCAAACAACAAUGACAUCUCCACUUAAAGGAACUGUCCUGGUUACUGGUGCCAACGGAGGAUUAGGGAGUGCAUUUGCGGCCAAUUUCCUAACGUCUCCUCAAGCCAAAGAAUAUCGCGCUCUCUUCACUGUUCGCAAUCCGGCCACCGCUCGUGACCUACAAGCAGUCAUCGAAAAAGGCCCGAAGGACUCCAAUUCCGAAGUUCUUCCCCUCGAUCUAGGAAGCCUUGAGAAUGUACGAUCCCUAGCAGCAGAUAUCAACGAGCGGGUUGGGAACGGCAUUCUUGAGCCUAUCAGAGCUCUAGUCCUGAUUGCAGCAUUCCAAGAUGCAAGUUCUGAAUCUUUGAAACCCCAGGCUUUCACGCAAGAGGGAUAUGAGAUGGCGUUUGGAGCGAACUAUCUCGCCAAUUUCGUGUUCGUUCUUGAUCUCUUGCAGUCGAUGGAUAAGGAGCAUGGAAGAAUUGUUUUUGUGUCAAGCUGGACUCAUGACUCCUUCGAUCCACAGAACAACAUACCACCUAUUUAUAAAGGCGAAGAAUUCAAAACAAUGUUCACCAGUGCGGAGGCUCUGUCUAAGGGUAUCGAGUAUAUGGACGAUGCAUGGGCAGCUGGUAUGCGGAGAUAUGGUGCGAGUAAAUUGCUGGUAGUCAUGUUCAUGUAUGAGCUCCAACGCCGCCUGGACUCCGAUCCAGCUCUUUCCAAUAUCUCGGUCCUAUCUAUGGACCCCGGAGCAAUGGGAGGGACUGGCAUCGCAAAAAGAGCCCCUCUACUGAUUCGCUUCAUCACCCAAGUCAUGAUACCUCUCUUGCAGCGAAUCUCGGUCUAUUUCUCGCCCAAUGGCUCCAUUCGACCAACAUGGAAGUCUGCCCAAGAUCUCAUGCUCGCAUCGUUCGAUGAGAAAUAUCUCGGCGUGCGUCCCAAGGCCGUUUACUUGAAUGGAAGCGCCAAAGCAGAAUCGUCAAUUGAGUCACGGGAUGAGGAGAAGCAGAGGCAACUUUGGGAGGAGAGUCUGAAAUUGGCGAUGAUUAGAGAUGGGGAGACGGUGUUGAAGAAUUGGCAGUGAUCAUGCGGAUCAGCUCGUGGAGAUAGACGCUUGUUGUGCAUCUGAUCGUAGAAGGUGAGUUUUUGGUGCAAGAUAACUCGU